AUGCCAACCCACCUCUCCAUCCUCGUGUCUGUGGCCUCACCUCUCGACUACGCGCGGUAUCGACACGCCUCAUUAUACUUCCAAUUCGAUCAUGAGACCGAGGCAAUCAAGUCCUCUCUCAUGGAGGUGGUGGGAUCACCCGGAUUUUUUAGUUUCUCGGAGCGUGUGAAUUCCGAACUCCCCUCUUCUUCUACCAACCUUGCGCGCGUGAUCCAAGUGUCUUCAAUACCGGAUACGGUCCCCGUAUCCUCAUUACAGCGAAUUGUAGCAGACACGCCUAUUUUGAAUGAUGAUACGGAUUGGAAUAGCCAGAACUGGGUAGGCGAUACGUUGGAGAGACUUGUUGCAGUGGGGUACUUGGAUGCCGAGGCGCAGGGACGGGGGUUAGAUGAGAUGGUGGAUGCGAUUAUGGAGGCGACUGAUGAAAAAUUCUAA